AUGGCUGUCUCAGGUGCUGUGCAAUGGUGGGAGUUGUGGCAGCUGCGCAUCCUCGUCCUUGCUAGCGUGCUGAAUCAGGGCAUCCUCCUGGUAGCUUCCGUCGUGCGUAAGUCAACCAUCAGACCCUCCUGGUUUAGACAAUUCCUCAUUUGGCUAGCAUACCUCGGCAGCGAUGCCAUUGCAAUCUAUGCGCUUGCCACCCUCUUCAACCGUCAGAAGAAGCAUAGUGGACACGGUGUCCUGGAGGUGUUGUGGGCGCCUGUCCUCCUCAUACAUCUUGGUGGACAGGACAGCAUAUCCGCCUACAACAUCGAAGACAACGAGCUAUGGACGCGGCACCUCCUCACCUCGGUGUCUCAGGUCACCGUGGCUGUCUACGUCUUCUGCAAAUCAUGGCCAGGAGAUGACGAGAGGCUGCUGCAGGCAGCAAUAUUGCUCUUCAUCCCGGGUAUCUUCAAAUGUUUCCAGAAGCCCUGGGCUCUCAGCAGAGCUAGCAUUAACAACCUAGUGAGCUCUGACGAACCUAUUGUGAGGUCGAUAGACACACCUGAGCUCAAGAUUGAUCCGCUUGAAGAUUUCAUUGAAAAGGCAAAGGCAGCUAGUUCAGCUGGGCCCAAUGAUACACCAGUCACGCCUGCGGACUUUUCUCCUUAUAAGCUAUUUGUAGACCUUCCAUCUCCAUCCCCAGAUGAUCGGAUAAGGAUGCUACUGUCCUUCUCAACGCUCAAUGACAUCUAUGCGCAUAAUAAGCUCCAAUUUUGGCUCCGUCAGACCUUCGAACUCCUCUAUACAAAAGUAAAGAUGUUCCCUCUAAGUAGUGUAAUGCCUAUAAGGGGUAGGGAUAAAUCGGAUAAUGUGAGCUUUUUUCUUCAGAUCAACGUUGUUGUGCGUCAAUUAGCUAUGUACCUUCCGUUUGCAGCCAUAGCCCUCUUCCACCAGAGUCACAGAGAAGCUUACAGUAAAGAAGAUGUCGUGGUUACAUUUAUCUUGCUCUCUUGUACGGCUGUCCUAGAGAUUUACAUCCUUGUCCUACACAUGUUCACAAACCUCCCUGAAAAUCGACGGUCAACACAGCAAGCUGUGGUUAUAGAAGGUCUGGUUUCACAAUACAACCUUAUAGGACUCCUUGUCCGCAACAAAGAGCAUUGCAAGAAGAUGGCGAUCCUGGGAUACAUUGGAUGCACCGACUUUCUUCAGCAACGUUGGCCCAUGAAGUCUUGCCGCUCAUCCUUCAAGAUUACAAAGGCAGUACUCAAAUAUGUUAAAAGCGGGUGGCAUCACCACAUAUGUGAUGUUUCCACUUACAGGAAGUUCAGUGACAACAGGGGCCAGUCUACUCUUGAGCGGCAAGGAUGCUACCAGGAACUGGGAUGGAGCUUAGAGGGUGCAUUCGACGAGAGUGUUCUCCUCUGGCAUCUCGCCACUGAUUUCUGCUACUACAUCGACACGGGUGCAUCUCCUACUCAAUGCACGCAAGAUUCAUGUCCUGGUGUUUAUGCAUGCCCUGCUUGGUGCAGAGGAUCUGAGCAUCACGAAGGGGCCGUCCAGUGCAGAGAAAUGUCCAACUACAUGAUGUAUCUACUGUAUGUGAAUCCUGAGAUGCUAAUGGCAGGCACUAGAAGGAACCUUUUCACAGCCGCCUAUGACGAACUGAAGGGUAUCAUCACUGUGGGUGACAAGUCACCUGUGGAGGAAAGAGAUCUUACGCAGAGGAUAAUUUUUGCGGUGGAUGGGGGAGGAUCUCCACCUCCAGAUGGUACCCAACGACAACAGGGGGGCAUUACCCAUCUCGCUUGGAGCAUUGCCAAAGUGUUGUCAGGUCUGCCUGAAGAGAAGAUGUGGAAUGUGAUCGAAGGCGUGUGGGUGGAGAUGAUGUGUUUCUCUGCUGCUAGAUGCAGAGGGUACCUGCAUGCCAAGGGUCUGGCCAUGGUCGCGGAGUACCUCAGCUAUGUAUGGCUCCUACAGUACUACAUGGGGAUGGAGACGUUGGCAGCCAAACUUCAGAAGGUGGAUCAUCACCGCAAAGGAGUGGAGCAUGGGGAUGAUCCUUUAACUUCUCAUGCUACUGGUCCAUCAGGAUCAAGUGGCGCGCAUGCGGAAGGUCAAUCCGCUGGUUAUCGGGCCAGUGAGGAUCCUAUGGAAGAAAUCCUAUGAUUCACGACUGUAUUUCCGGACACUAAUCUUUCCCUAUUUCCCGUGUCUAUGUUUGCUCUUUCUUUUUGUUUUGAGAGGCUAUGUUUGCUCUUUCUGUGUGACUGCAUCUUUUUUCUGUUGUUUAACGGUGCAAUAA